UAUUGCAGCAUUAGCACUGGUGCUGUGGGGGCGUGUUGACUCUGAGGAGCCAGUGAUGGACGGAGUGCUCGCCUUCAUCACCUUUCAGAAGGUGUAUUACCCACUGCUGUGCAUUCUGGGUAUUCCAGCAAAUCUCUUCACCUUCUACAUGAUACGUUUCCGCACCUGUGGCAUGUCGGACUCGGCCCGGAUCUACCUGAGCUGCCUGGCGCUGGUUGAUACCUGUUACCUGGUGUGGGUCAUCCUGCUGGACCUGUGUCUGACCUUCCUGCAAAGCCAGCCCUUCUGGCACUACCACCCGUGGUGCGGGAUCAUGAACAUCCUGCAGUUUGGGACCUUCUACUGCUCUGCGUGGGUCGUCGUGGCCUUCACCAUUGAGCGCUUCUUGGUUCUGAGGGCAACAGUGAGCUGUCAGCGCCCCCUGCAUGCCAGGCACGCAUUGCUCACUUGCACCACCAUUAUCCUGCUCUCACACCUGGCCUCUAUACCAGCAGGCUGGAUCAAUGUGGUGGCACAGGUGAACCUGACUCUGGAUGGUCAGGUGGUCAGCAUGCCGCGGUGUAUUUACCGUGAAGCUCUGUACUCCACCGUGGUCGUCUGGAUCACAUCAUUUCUGUCCAGCGGCGUCCCCAUCAUGCUCGUCAUCAUCUUCAACUCCUUGAUCGCGUAUCACCUGCUGUGCUCCAGCCGGCUCUUCACCAAGGAGGAGCGCCGGACCAUCCAGGGGUCUAAGACACGGGGGAGCAUCCGCCGAACCCUGCUGCUGCUGGGCACUAUCUCUGUGGCAUUUGUGGUGCUGACCCUGCCACGCUUUGUCACCUACUGCAUCCUGCGCACCAUCUACAACCACAAAGACUUUGACCGUGAUGACUACGAAAUGCCCAUCAACAUAGUAAGCGACGUGGCGAACAUGCUGCACAACCUGAACUCCAGCACCAACUUCCUGCUGUACUGCAUGGUCAGCCGCCGCUUCCGGCAGGAGCUGCUCAACACUCUGACCUGCCGGGCCAAGGCCAGGGAGCUGGGCUCCUACUUCACACACACCACCAUGAAGGUGUUUUCAGUGGCCGAACACAAAUACACACGCGGCCGAGACCCCGUCUCAGUUGUGCUGAUCAAACUCAGACGCUUUCACGAUUUGACCCCCCACGACCCCCGUCCAUCUUCGACCUCUGAUUUCUCCAGCACAUUUUAAAACUAAGGACACCAAUCCGUUUUACUAGA